AUGGAAAUUCUGAAUAGCGGAAGAAAACUGGGUGGAAAGGGAGGAAGUCCAUUGAUGUUUGAAUGGUACGGUGAGAAAUAUUGGGGAGCGGCUCAUGGGUUAGCAGGAAUCACACAUAUGUUGAUGGAUUUUGAAUUGACAUCAGAUGCACGUGAAGAUGUCAGGGGAACUCUUAAAUACAUGAUCAAGAAUCGAUUUCCUGGUGGGAACUACCCUGCAAGUGAAGAAGAUACGAAGAGAGACAUUCUUAUCCAUUGGUGUCAUGGAGCUCCUGGGAUCGCCCUCACUCUUGUCAAAGCAGCUGAGGUUUUUGGAGAUGAAGAAUUUCUGGAAGCUGCCAUGAAUGCAGCAGAGGUCGUUUGGAAUCGUGGCCUUCUUAAACGAGUCGGGAUUUGUCAUGGCAUUAGUGGAAAUGCUUAUGUGUUCCUCUCUCUUUAUCGACUGACUGGCAUUGUCGAGUAUCUGUAUAGAGCCAAAGCUUUUGCCUGCUUUUUACUUGAUAGAGCUCACGUGCUUAUGUCAAGUGGUGAAAUGCAUGGAGGAGAUGUUCCAUUUUCACUUUUCGAAGGUGUCGGGGGAAUGGCUUAUCUUUUUCUCGACAUGAUUCAACCCCGUAGCUCUCGUUUCCCAGCUUAUGAACUCUGA